AUGUAUAGUAAUAAAUACUCUGCACCAACUUCACCCACUCUUUCAGCAAGGACUUCAAGUUCUAUCACUCAUUCAAUUAGAACAGCCGAACCAAUUUCCAAUCCAAGCGUCAUUCUUACUCGUACUGAUAUACGCUCUUCGAUUGAAGCUUACGAACAACUUUUAGCAGCUGCCAAAAUAUAUAGGAAUCAAUUGAUGGCUCUUGCACAAGCUACAGCUAAUUUUGGUCAAUCCUUGGAAAGAAUUGCUCAUUGUAAAGGAGCUUUGGAAAGUUCUAGUUUUCAAGCUGCUGCUGGUUUACAUUACCUUACAUCAAAUCAUCAACAACUUUUGGAAAAUUAUGAUAAAUCAUUAGCAGAGAUGAGUAAAAAAAUUAAAGAAACAGAAGCAGAAAAUUUACGAAUUGGUCGUAAACGUCAAAGAGAUCUUACACAAUUUCGCCAUGCUUUACAAGAUUUGACUAGACAAGUGGAGGAUUUAGACCGAUUAAAAGCUGAAUAUCACAGACAAACAUUAGAAAAUGAACAAAAUAAUCUUAAAUAUAUUCUUUCAAAAGUCUCAACAGUUGUUAAAGCUGAAGUAGAUAUUUUUGAUAGAAUAUCUAGUAAAGGUUUAGCGGAUCCUUUGUUAGAAGCUAUGACAACACAAAGCCCCGAUCCUUUUUGUACGUACCAAACAGCAGAUCAAUUUUCUGAAAUAUUUAGCAUUCUCCCGCCAGUUCCAAUUAUCAAUAAUACUGUUGACAUUUCGAGUACAACUACAUCAAUAUUAAAUGAUGGUUUUCAAACUCACAGUAGCAAGAAUAGUUCCCAAAAGGAAGCUAUUGAUGAAGAAGAUGGCGAUAGUGAUGAAGCUCAAGGAAUCUUUAAAAGCGUUAUUUCUUCACAUUAUAUUCAGUCUCAAAAAAUUUUCUCUGAUGUUAACAGUAAUGAUAUUGACAAUAAUAUUAAACAAUGA